AUGACUUUUAAGUGUCCACCAUCUCUUCAACUUGAAACAGAUGCAAAACGGCCAAAGGUCAGCGCUGAUCACAUAUCCGCAUUUUCUGACACUUCAUCCGAUGUUGGUGAUCUCGAAGAUUUUUCACGUCUUUUCAAUACACUGGACUCGUGGGAUUCGGAAACAAGCAAUGGGCCUACUACUUUUGGAGCAAAUGAAGUGACUGAGACUACUGUCCCUCAACUUACUGUUUUUCUUGAAAAACGUGCUCUAAGCAACCAGGAAGCUCGAAAUAAUUUCCCUGAACAACCUAAGCGUUUUAUGCAGGCAGAAUUGGAACUACAAGGAACACUAGAGGAGAUGCAGGUGCUUGCAGCCAAUCCAGAAUUAUACCCAAUCUUAGCAGAACAAACACGUCCCAUAUCAUUAUUGUUAGGUUUAUUAGCUCAUGAAAAUACAGAUAUUAAUUUAUCUGUUAUUGAUCUGUUGCAUGAAUUACUUGAAUCUAGUUGUUUACAAGAAGCUGGAUUAGAUAAAGUUAAUCAAUUUUUAGAAGUUUUGUUUUCUGGACAAUUGAUACAAUCACUUAUACAGAAUAUUUCACGUUUAGAUGAGACGAAGAAAGAUGAAGCUGACGGUGUGCAUAAAACACUCGGAAUUGUUGAAAGUUUACUAGAAAUUCGUCCGGAUAUGAAUGUGAUAAUGGCAAAUCAAGGUUUAUUUGAAUGGCUUUUACGACGUUUACAAAAACGUCCAGUAUUUGACAAAAAUAAAUUAUACGUUAGUGAGCUAUUAUCAGUCGCAUUACAAAUGGAUGAAGCUAAUCGUCUUUAA